AUGGAGAGGCAACAACCUCACAGAUGUGAUAUUUGUGGUAAAUCUUUUACUCAAGCCAGUGGACUAAAGAAACAUACGAGAACACAUACAGGAGAGAAACCUUACAAGUGUGAUAUAUGUAGUGCAUCUUUUACUCGAGCUGAUGGACUAAAAAAACAUACGAGAACACAUACAGGAGAGAAACAUUACAAGUGUGAUACAUGUGGUAUAUCUUUUACUCGAGGCGGCAGUCUGAAGAGACAUAAGAAAAUACAUACAACAGUGAAAUUUUACAAGUGUAGGAAUUGUAGUUCAUCUUUUAAGUCGACUACAGAGUUAAAGUCCCAUAUCAGUACACAUGCAGGAGAGAAACCUUACAAAUGUGAUGACUGUGGUUCAUCUUUUAGGUCAACUAAUGUGUUGAAGUGUCAUCUGACUACACAUGUAGGAGAAAAGCCUGACAAUUGUGAUACAAGUGGUGCAUCUUUAACUCAUGCCAGCCAUCUAAAGACACAUAAGAGAAUACAUACAAGAGAGAGAAAUUACAAGUGUGAAAUAUGUGGUGCUUCUUUUCAAUCAACUGCAGCUUUGAAGUACCAUAUGAGUACGCAUACAGGAGAGAAACCUUACAAAUGUGAAAAAUGUUAUGCAUCUUUUAUUGCAUCUAGCAGUCUGAAGAUUCAUGUGAGAAUACAUACAGGAGAGAAACCUUACAAGUGUGAAAUAUGUGGUGCAUCUUUUACUCAUGCAGGCCAUCUACAGACACAUAAGAGAAUACAUACAGGAGAGAAACCUUACAAAUGUGUAAUAUGUGGUACAUCUUUUACUCAAGUUGGCAGUCUGAAUAUCCAUAAGAGAAUACAUACAGGCGAGAGACCUUACAAGUGUGAAAUAUGUGGUGCAUCUUUUACUCAUGCAGGCCAUCUACAGACACAUAAGAGAAUACAUACAGGAGAGAAACCUUACAAAUGUGUAAUAUGUGGUACAUCUUUUACUCAAGUUAGCAGUCUGAAUAUCCAUAAGAGAAUACACACAGGAGAGAGACCUCACAAGUGUGAAGUGUGUGGGGCAUCUUUUACUGCAGCUAGCAAUCUGAUAAUCCAUAAAAGAAUGCAUACAGGAGAGAGACCUUACAAGUGUGUAAUCUGUAGUGCAUCUUUUACUCAAGCUGUAAGUUUUAAGAAACAUAAGAGAAUACAUACAGGCGAGAAACCUUACAAGUGUGUAAUAUGUGGUGCAUCUUUUAUUCGAGCUGACAGCCUGAAGAAACAUAAGAGAAUACAUACAAGAGAAAGGCCUUACAAGUGUGAAAAAUGUGGUGCAUCUUUUACUCAAACUUGCAGUCUAAAGACACAUAAGAGAAUACAUACAGGAGAGAGACCUUACAAGUGUGAAAUAUGUGGUGUCUUUUUUGCUCUAGCUAGCAGUCUAAUGAAUCAUAAGAGAAUACAUACAAGAGAAAGGCCUUACAAGUGUGAAAUAUGUGGUGCAUCUUUUAUUCAAGCUGACAGCCUGAAGAAACAUAAGAGAAUACAUACAGGAGAGAAACCUUACAAAUGUGAAAUAUGUGGUGUCUUUUUUGCUCUAGCUAGCAGUUUAAGGACUCAUAAGAGAAUACAUACAAGAGAAAGACCUUACAAGUGUGAAAAAUGUGGUGCAUCUUUUACUCAAACUUGCGGUCUAAAGACACAUAAGAGAAUACAUACAGGAGAGAGACCUUACAAAUGUGAAAUAUGUGGUGCAUCCUUUGCUCAAUCUUUCAAUCUUAAGAACCAUAAAAGAACACACACAGAAGACCAAACUUUCAAAUGUGAUGACUGUGGUGCAUGUUUUAAAUCAGCUACAGUUUUAAAAUAUCAUAUCAGUACACAUACAGGAGAGAGACCUUACAAGUGUGAUGACUGUGGUUCAUCUUUUAAAUCAACUUAUGUGUUGCAGUGCCAUCUGACUACACAUACAGGAGAGAGACCUUACAAGUGUGAAAUGUGUGGUGCAUCUUUUACUGUUUCUAGCAGUCUGAAGAUACAUGAGAGAAUACAUACAGGAGAGAAACCUUACAAGUGUGAAUUUUGCAGUGCAUCUUUUGCUCAAUCUGGCAAUCUAAAAAGACAUAAGAGAAAACAUACAGAAGACAUAACCUACAGAUAA